GGUAAGUUUUCUAGUGGAGAUGUCGGCGAAGGAAGAGAACCGGAUUUUUGUGGGAGGCUUGUCGUGGGACACCACAGAGCGGCGGUUGGAGGCAGAGUUCAGCCGCUUCGGGAAGGUUAUCGAGGCCCAAUGUUAUACAUCAGGAGGGAGAAAAGAAUGCAUUCUGCCAAGAUUCAGGUUCAUGCUCGAUUCUUUCUUGAUAUGACUGGCCUCAGUACCUUGUCAGAAAUCUGUUGGUCUCUGAUAUUUCUUCUGAGCAAUUCAGUGCAAGUAUUUUCUAGAUGAAAUUUCAUGAUGCCUGUUAAUUGCUUAAUUUGAGAGUGAGAUAUUGGCAGGAUUGGAUGAUGGCUUUAAAAUUUCUCAUACGUCCAUCUGUGCAAUGUGCACCAGGGUUUCUGAGCUUUAUUAUUUAGAGAGGGAUGCAGACUUGGCAUGUAGACAAGCACAGAGAUUGCAUCUGUAUUUGCACCAUUUGCUGAUGCUUUUUCUUUUUAAUGAUCUUGUUGUUCUAUACUUUCCUCAUGAAUAUCAGCAGCACAACUUAAAACUAAGAAGCCUCUGCAAAAGGUUUGCCACCAAAUAUGACCUAAUAUUGACCUUCUAAAGCUGUUUUGCAUUCUAAGCUUAAAAAAAAACUGCCAGGGGGGAGAUUGACCUACUUGCCCCAGAUGCUUCAGACACAAGUUGGCAAAUAGAGAACUCUACCUUCUUGGUGACCAUUUUAGAUCAUGAAACUAAUAGGUCCCUGUGAAAUUUCACUAGUUUUGGAAAUUGAAUGGUGAUCUUUUGCCGUAUUUUUUAUGUGAUUUUUGGUCUAUGGUGAAAUGAUUAUAAGAGAAGAAGAAGCAAAUGGAACAGAUGUUGAGUUGUACAAUUUGUCAGAUGGAUUCUGUUAUUGGCCUCUGGGUUUGUGCCCUAACCAUUUCAAGCUCUAGACUUAUAGGAUACUUCUCAAACAGAAAUAACUGCUGCUCGUCUGAGUCAUGCUUAAGCUUCUUUUCUCAUUGUCUUGUGCAUCUUACGUUGGAUUCUUUUUAUCUCUUGGAUCCUUUGUUCCUUGCAUAAUUGGCUUAUAGCUGGUUAUGUGGUGUCUUCUAAUACACAGAUGCCAUUAAUUUGUUUCAGCUUUCUUCCUUUUCCAUACACCUUCUGUCAGAAUAUAUGUAUUAGAUGAGUGAAUGGUUUAAUCAGCAGUUUAUCUAUUCUUGUGGGCCAAUAGUGACUGGUGGAGGAAAUCAAAAGCUUAAUUCAUGGAUGUGAUAUCAGCAUUAUUUUUACAUUGUACAUCACUAGUUCAGAGUUUGGACAAGUUCUGGUGCCCUCUGAUUGUAAAAGUUUCUCUGAAGCUGGUCCUUCGUAAGGCCAAAUUUACCUUUUCUCUGGCUUCUUCUUUGAUCAAUUGAGAGAUCUGAAUGUAUCUUCAGAGCUGUUUAACUCUUGAUGCAUUUGAUUGAUUCUUUACAAAGUGCUUUGUGGGUUGCUGCAGUUGUUUUCUGUUAGCAGCAGUGGUUUUUUUAACCACGAGAUGUCAUGCUAAUAUAGGCCAGUUGGAAGAUUUAUCAAUUGAGAUAUUUGAGCCAGUUUGUUCAGGCAGUUGUUUCUGAGUUUGUUCCUUUCACUAUUUGGGAAGAUCUCAUGUUAAGGAAUGGAAAGGUGUUCAAAGAAUUUCACUUUCUGAUUUGGUGAAGUGUUAACUUACCAUAUCGGUAGUGUGCCAUCUGAGUGAAUUGAUUGAUGUGUUGCAAGAUUGGAAAGGUGUCAAAAGAAUUUAUGAUUUGAUGAAGUGUUAACUUACCAUACAAUAGCGUGUCAUCUGAGUGAGUUGAUUGAUGUAUUUGCAACAUCAAAUUUGCCAAUGAUCACGUGAAAGAAACCGUUUUGUUUCAUCUGUUAUUGUUUGGUUGCAUUUCACUGGUAACACGGUUUUCUUUAGGAUGUAAGAUGAAGAUUUUACUAUUUGCUGAAUAUUUUGCAUGUCAGAUGUAUGAAAAUUUACCAGUAUGGAUUACUUUGGUCAUGGUAGAUUGUGACUCAUAAUACAAAGAUCACAGUGAGAUGUCUGGAUGAGUAACAUGGUGUUUACAUCAUCGUACAUUCUGUUGCUAUCAGAUCAUGCUGGAGAGAGAUACUGGCCGUCCUCGUGGAUUUGGAUUCGUUACAUUCUCUGAUCCACAUGCAGUGGAGGAUGCUAUCAGUGAGAUGCAUGAGCGUGAGCUGGAUGGACGUGUCAUUUCAGUGAAUAAGGCUCAGCCUAAGAUGACCACAGAUGACUCUGCCUAUGGAUAUAAUGGUGGGAGAUACACGUCGGGAGGUAGAGGUGAUUACCGUGGUGGCGAUGGGCCACCACCUGCAGGGCGGUCUGAUGAAUGCUUCAAGUGUGGUCGACUUGGACACUGGGCACGUGAUUGUCCUUUGGCUGGGGGAGGCAGUGAUGGGCGUUUCUCUUCUCGCCCCAAGUUUGGUGGUGGCCGUGGCCGUGGGGAUCGUAUUGGGGGACCAGAUCGCUUCAAUGACCGUUAUGAUGGAGGCCGUUAUGGGAACCGAGAUCGUAUUGACAGCAGGGACAGUCGUUAUAGUGGUGGUCGUGAUCGAUUUGACAAUGACUCUGAUCAUGAUCGAUAUGGGCCUCCUAGGGAUCGCUUUUCUGGUGAUAGGUAUGGAGAGCAUCCUGACCGUUACCCACAGAAUGGAUACAGCAGGGAGAGAAGCUAUGAUAGGGAUGGUCCUCGUGGUGGUGGUGGCUAUAGUAGAGAUGGAGGGCCAAGAGGUGUCAGUGGCUAUGAGAGGGAUGGUCCACGUGGUGGUGGCGGCAGCGGAAGAUAUGGGGCUGGUGGGCCUGCACGUUAUGAUGGCAGUGGAAGUUUCAGGGACAGGCCUGGGCCUUAUGAUCGACCAACUAGGGGUGGGCGCCCAUCAUCCUAUGAUGCUGGCUAUUGAUGUUCACGGUUUAAGACUUUAUGCAUAUUUUAGGGUUGCUUGUGGAACAUAGCAGUGAUGUUAACUGUGUAAAGAUCAAGUCUGGCCAUUUGCUGUGGACCCUACAGAAUUCAUCUUGAAAAUUUUAGCUCUGUGAUCCAUUGUGCAUUAUCUGCACAACUUAA